GUAUUAGAAAUAUUUUUUCCUUUUACACGCGCACUAUUGACAUUUUUAUAAUCCUAAAAAGAACAUGAUGAAAGGGGUGCAAUUAAUAAUUUUAAUAUCGCAAUUUUAUAUCUAUUGUUACUUUAAAAUAAAUUAUACACUACGAUUAUAUAACGUGGUAUAAUUGAAUCAGUAUUUUAUCGUUUAUUUCAUACAUUACAAGGAAAGAAAAAAACGAUUUAAUUAUUCUAUUAAACAAUUACGUGUAAUAUAUUUUUUAUUGCAUGUCAUCUUAGGAAUAUGCAGCGAUUGCAAUGAGUGAGUUGCUGGGAUGGUAUGGUUAUAACAAAGUGGAUAGCGAUUGUACAAGAAGUUUAAAUUUAGAUCAUUUUUCGUCUUCAUCUCGUGCAAAAAAUAAUCAAAUGCUACAAAUGAAGUCAAACUUCAUUUCAAAUAAAGAGAAACCAAAGUCACCACUACCGCUUAUUACCACCGAUUCACCCAGUAACGGUUCCAAUGUAUCUCUACAAUAUUCUGCAAACAAUUUAACAGCUGCAAGCGAACAAAUAUCAUCAACUCCAUUAUCACUCAAAAAAGAGGCAGUCGAUUAUACAAAUAGUGUCUCAUAUAAUAACUUCUCAAGUUCCAUUUGCUCAGGUGACGCAUUUUGCUCUUGGUGCGGUCGAAUUACUGAAACAUGUAAAUCAGGAAGAACGAAUUCGCUUUCUUGCAAUUCGAUAAACGCUUUGGGACAUUUUUGCAGCGAGGCUUGUUCCGCAGCUGGUAAAAAAGCCGUUUUUAAGCGUACGAAAACUUGUAAUUGGUGUAGGCACAUAAAGAAUCCAAUUAGCUAUGUUGACUUUCAAGACGGUGAAAGUCAACUUCAAUUUUGCAGCGAUAAGUGUUUAAAUCAAUACAAAAUGAAUAUCUUUUGCCAUGAAACACAAACGCACUUAAUGCUUCAUGGUUUAAACACUGUUUCUUGUCAUGAUACAGAAAAAGAUAAUUUAAUAACACCGGAGCUUUGGUUUCGAAAUUGUCAAUCGCCGAUAGGUAGUAGUUCCACGGAGAAUACAUUUGCAGCAAAUGAACAUGCGGUCUCUAAUUUAUCUUCGCAUGACAAAUCAGAAGAAAAUGAAGAGAAUGAAACCGAAAAAUCAAUAGAAGCUUCUAGAAAAAUGAUAAGAAAGAGAGAUUCAUUUUACAUCGAAUUAUGUUCCAAAGCUGGUAACUAUAAUGGAAACAAAAAGAAUGUUCAUACUGAAAUCAACGAAAAUGAUAUUAACGAACAAGAUAAAAAACAAUGUUUUGUAAAUGAAGACAACAGAUUCUGUCAUUGUCUAAAUAAUCAAAAUCAUUACAUCGUAAAUUGUUCUCGGCAAAAUACUUUGAAUUGUAAUAAUUUGACAGAGAACUGUAACUUGAUAAAUGUUAUUAAUUGUGAUUCACAUAGUCAUGGACACAACAAUAUACAUGUAAAAGACAUAAGAGUUUUACAAGAAGAGAAAAAAGACACUACAUCGGAAAAUAUAAGUUCACCGCACCCGUUUACAAAUGCAUCUGUAUCUAAAAUAGAGCAUGACACGCCAUUGCCGCCUAAAUAUCUUACAAACAAAUUCAAUCGGGCAACACAUAAAAAACAAAUUAAUACUUCUACAAGAAGAUCACCCUCCAUACAAUCUAGUCAAGCUGAGUCAUCUAUUCAUACAUUAACUUCUAACCAUCUGCCACCUGUUACUGUUCUUGUGCCAUAUCCUAUUCCUGUGCCCAUACCUAUACCAAUUCCUGUUCCUAUACCAACACCAAUUCUGAAUAAAUUUAUGGUCGAUGAACAAAAACUAUCUAUAAAUACCAAAGACAUAAAAUAUAAAGAUACAAAAUACAAUGAAUCAGUAGAAAAUAAAUGUUCCAUGCUUCAAGAAUCACAGUUAUGUAGAAAUACAAAUACAAAUAUGUUUGUGUCAGAUGAACCACAGCGUGAAGCUUCGACAAAACUUUGCGUUUCAUUGAACUCAUCUAGUAUUAACAAUAAAAGUAAUAAUGGUAUACAACUAUUUAAAUACAGUGAAAAACCACCAAGGAAAAGGAAACAUUUAAAUGAAAAUAUUAAUUAUGAACAUAAGGAGCAACAAUUGAAAAAAAGGAAUAAAUCUAUAGCUACUUAA